AUGAGCGAGAAAUCCGCCGACCACGAUAAUCGUUCGAAAGAGGAUGAAGAUUCCGAGGACAGAGCUGCAAGAGCUCGAGAGGCAGCUGAACAAGCAGCUUUGCCUUACACCUGGAAGCAGGAGUUAGGCGAUGUGGACAUCGUAGUCCCCGUACCUAAGGGCACGAGAUCUCGGGAUUUGAACGUCGUCAUAGGGAAGAAGAAGUUAAGCGUCGGCCUGAAGGGCAAAGACGCUAUCUUGGAUGGAGAACUUUGCAAGGAGAUCAAGGUCGAGGAAAGUACGUGGACUAUCGAGGACCAAGAAGCUGUGCACAUCCACCUGGAGAAACUCAACAAGCAGCAGUGGUGGGAGAACGUCCUGACCCAUCAUCCUAAGAUCGAUACAACUAAGAUACAGCCGGAGAAUUCUAAAUUGAGUGAUCUUGACGGCGAAACAAGGGCCAUGGUGGAGAAAAUGAUGUUCGAUCAACAGCAGAAGCAAAUGGGUAAACCGACCUCAGACGAGCUUAAGAAGAUGGAGGCUCUGGAGAAGUUCAAGGCAGCUCACCCAGAGCUGGACUUCUCUAACGCCAAGAUAUCGUGA